AUGGACACCAAAAGCUCAAAAACACACUCACCAUUAUUAUCACCAACUUCAAAUAGAAGCCCCAAAAGAAAAAGCAAUAAUGCAUGCACUUCACCAGAAUUUGAAUUCUGGAUGCCAAGAAAUUUAUCAUUACCACACCCCAACAUCCUUUCCGCCGAUCAACUCUUCCUCGACGGUGUCAUCCUUCCCCUCCAUCUCAUAUCCACCAAACCUGAUCCGAAACCCGACGACUCUGAUCAGGUACCCAACUCAUCUCCUGCCAUAACCGAUUGCUCAACCAUCACCACUAUUUCUAAACGAUGGAAAAAUAUCUUCAGUAAGAAAAACAACAACAAUACAGAAGAGAAAGUGAAGAAGAAAGAGAAAAACAUUGGAAAAGGUGGUUGCGGUGGUGACUCUUCUUCAUCUGAACGUUACAUCAAUAUAUGGCCAUUCUCUCGGAGUAAGUCAGCCAAAAACUCUGUCACCCGACCUAAAUCAGCUCCGGUUUCCCGGAAAGUAAACAGUGCGCCGUGCUCUAGAAGCAAUUCCGCUGGAGAUUCAGAUUCAAAGUCAAGGAAGUUUCCUAGUAGUCCAGGUCGGGUGGGAGUCCAUAUAGGGAGGAGCAGCCCCGUUUGGCGUCGUGGAGGCUCCAUCGGCAAGAACACAGAGCCACUGAAUAUGAAAACUAAUAAGAGUCACCGAAAAAGGCUCGCUGCAUCCUCCGCCAGUGGUGGUGGUGGUAAUGCCAAAGCACAGGUUUUGAAUUUGAAUGUUCCGCUGUGUGGUGGGUACAGUCAUAGGUUGGGCUGCAGAAUCGAGGAGAGCAGUGGUAGUAGUAAGCUUUUUAAUCUGCGCAACUUCUUCACCAAGAAAACCGUUCUAACAGUGUGA